UUCACUGCAAAAAUACGUCACAGAACGAAGUUCACGAUUGUAUAGAUUAUGCUACAACAUCGAGCAAAAUGGAGGACACCCAGGAUAUCCCGUCACUGAAGCUCGCUGACUUCCUCGUGUUUGUUGCGGCGUUGCUAAUAUCUCUAAGUAUUGGGGUAUACUAUGCGCUAUCCGGCGGACGACAGAAGACCACCAAGGAGUACCUGCUCGGAAAUAGGAAUAUGACUAUCAUUCCUGUGGGACUUUCCUUGAUGGUGUCUUACGAGUCCUCUAUAAUGAUGCUAGGGUUUCCGGCUGAGGUUUAUACAUACGGUAUCAUGUUCUGGUGGUUUACGAUCGGAUUCAUGCUGGCACAGCUGAUAGCCAUCAGGAUAGUCGUACCCCUCAUUCACCCUCUCCGAGUCACCAGUGUGUAUGAGUACCUGGAGCUACGCUACAACAAUCGUCUACCUCGUCAAAUAGGAACUGGCAUGGGGAUGCUUUAUACGAUAUUUUACAUGGGUGUCGUUCUGUACGGACCGGGGACUGCACUGGAGGCAGUGGCGAAUCUGCCGUUGUGGAUAUCUAUGGUGGUCAUAGCCUUGGCCGCUGUUAUAUAUACCGCCAUUGGAGGUAUAAAGGCGGUCAUAUGGACGGACGUUUUCCAGUGUGUGGUCAUGUAUUGUGGGAUUGCUGGUAUCAUCAUCAAGGGGUGCAUGGUAGUUGGAGGAUUCGGGAGAGUGUUUGAGAUAAAUGGAGAGUACGGUCGUUUAAACUACUUCAACUUCGAUUUUGAUCCGACCGUCCGUCACACCUUUUGGAACCUUCUGAUUGGUACGUCCACUCGUCUGGUGUACCUGACCUUUAACCAGACAACAAUCCAAAGAGUAUGCGCUGUUCCUACCAAGCGAGACGCUACAAAGAUAUUUCUAUUUGCGGGGCCAGCAUUUUUUCUGACCUUUUCCAUCGCUACGUUUGAAGGACUCGUAGCUGUGGCCUAUUUUCAUUCUAUCGGAUGUGAUCCCCUCGCGACUGGACAGAUCAAAAACCCUAAUCAGAUCAUACCGUAUAUGGUCAUCUGGUUGUUUAAAGAUACUCCGGGAAUGUCAGGUCUGUUCAUGGCUUCCCUUUUCUGUGCCUCACUCAGCACUCUGUCGUCCGGUCUGAGCAGCCUCUCCGCCCAGACUGUAGAAGACAUGGUCAAACCAUUCUGGCCAAACAUUUCGGACAGAAAAGCGACAACUAUUGCCAAGCUGUCAGUGUUAUUUUACGGAAGUCUUUCUCUGGCUGUGUCCUUCAUGAUCGCUAACAUCGAGGGAAUGCCACUCUCUCAGAUAACUGGUCAGAUGUUGUCUGCCUUUGGAGGUGCCUCAGGAGGCAUGUUUUUGUAUUCGAUAUUUUGCCCCUGGGCUAACAAAAAGGGAGUCAUAAUUGGAGGUAUUUUUGGAAUGAUCUUUAUUUUCUGGAUUGGAAUCGGUAAAAGCUUCUCUACAACUUUAAUCAAAGAGCCACGACUCCCUCCUGUGUCGUUAGGAUACUGCCACCUAAGGGACAGCAUCAACGUCACCAGUGACGUCACUAACACGACUGAAUUGUUCAAUGCAACCAUGACAACCAUGGUCACGGAAUUUCACGAACCCCUUGCCCACCAAAAUGAGGGUUUGGACAGAUUGUACUCCGUAUCUUACCAAUGGAUUGGUGCCAUGGGAAUUUUCACUACCAUUAUUGUAGCUAGCCUCGUCAGUAUCGUUACAGAGCGCCCCAAACCGGAAACUAUAGACGUGCGAUAUAUGUUGCCUAUAGGCGAACAGCUGUUACCGUUUCUUCCAAAGGCAGCAAAGCAAUUUCUUCAUUUCAGAGUACCAUUUGAAAAGAGAGAGGAGCUGUUACGGAAAUCUAUAGAAAUCAAAGACAAAGAACCCGUUGAAACAAUGGAAAUGAUUUCCUCCAAGUGAUGACAAACAGUCUGACCAAAGCCUUACAAUAACAACAGCAGUGGACGCAAACCAAUAGCUAGAUAGAUGUCUCACGUCCAGCUUACAAUAGUGGUACGAAGCUACCAUAUAAUCAAUUGCAUUCAGGUCAUGUUCAUUAAAUCAUCACGUUUGAUGAAACUGCAAUUAGCCUCGAUUUAAUCCUUUAUAAACUGCAUACCUUUAUCAAACCAAUGGUUACAAUAUACAGUAUAAUUUCCUAUUUUAAUCGCAUAAAUAUAAAAAGGCAAUAUUGCGAUAUUUUUGUUUUCUUCAUUAUAUUGUUCCAAGCAUGUAAAACGUCAAUGCAGGAUUUGUUUUUAUAUUAUAUGAAAUAAAUGUAUU